AUGCCCCCGAUAACGGUGUUCACUGGUUUUCUUGGAGCCGGAAAGACCUCCAUCAUCCUGUCUCUUCUUCCACAACUUCCAAAAGACUAUAAAGUCGUACUGCUGAAGAACGAAUUCGGCGACAUCGAGGUCGACAGCCAACUGGCGAAGCAAUCCAGCCUGACGGCAGUCAGCGAAAUUCUCAAUGGAUGCAUGUGUUGUGUGCUUGUCGGCCAGAUGCAGACUGCGCUCCUUGAGAUUCGAGAAAAGUUUAAUCCCGACCGCAUCAUUAUCGAAUGCUCAGGUUCCGCCUUCCCUGCCACUCUUGCGUUUCAAAUACGCGAAUUAGAGAAGUCAACGAACGGAGACCUCAAACUCGACGCUAUCGUUACAGUUAUCGACGCAGAAAAUUUUACUGGAUAUGAGGAUACUUCACCGACUGCCAGGAUGCAAGCAUCUUAUACCGACAUUAUCCUCGUCAAUAAAUGGGAGGAUGUCACUGAGCGCGCACUAGACACUGUCAUGGAUCACCUAUACACGCUCAACGAAUUGACGCCCAAGAUACGAUGUCAAGGACGUCAGGGUGUAGACCCGAAGCUCAUAUUCGGCAUCGACACAAAACUAUUCGCUGCAUCAGAACCACCCAUUGUUGAGCCGACGCAUAACGACGAGGUCGAGACAGUGACUAUCUUCACCGGCAGGUCUCCCCACCAACACGAACACAAGCACGCGGAAGGCAUAGAGGAUGAUGUCCGCGAGGAAGAUCCCCAAACCAUUGACGAGCAAGUAUUAUCAGAUGCGCUGGCCAAACUGUCCAAAGAGAGUGUCUGGCGAAUCAAAGGCUUCAUACGGUUGACUGGGAAAGGUCGGAACAUAUUGAACUGGGCAUUCGGGCGCUACGAGCUGACCGCAAUGGAUGAUGAUAACGCGGGCUCAGAUAAACCUGCGCUGAGUUUGACGGCGAUGGGUGAAAGGGCUGAAGUUAGACGGAAAUUACGCAGGCGUGAACUCGCGGAGCCAGCGUCAUUUUCUCUCUCCACACCACAACAGCCGCAGAUCAUCUUUCCAAUUUCAUUUUCCAUCUGGUGCCUUGCCGUCCCUGUUUGCUGUCUCUCUCAACACUCGCUCGUCCCCUCCACUCUUUUUGCCCCCUCGCCAAUGACUGUUACGAUGACGACACAACUCCCCGCCACGAAUACGAAAUGGACACCCCCGCCUGGUCGACUGGGAAAUUUGACGUCCACCCAAGAAGCCGCCCUCGCCAAAAUCAAGAGCGAGUUACAAGCCAGUGAAGCGUUCAUCGAAGCUCGCCACGACGAUGCUACCUUGCUCAGAUUUCUCCGAGCUCGCAAAUUCGAUGUCCAGAAGGCCAAGGAGAUGCUGCUGAAGGCUGAGAAGUGGCGGAAAGAAUUCAAGGUUGCCGAAUUGGUUUCGACCUUUGAUUUUCAUGAAGAGCGGGAAGUCGACAAGUACUACCCCCAAUAUUAUCACGCGAUGGACAAGUCAGGUCGCCCUGUUUACAUCGAAUGCAUCGGAAACUUGAACAUGAAGGCCUUAUACGCCUGUACCACACAAGAACGACUCCUGCAGCACCUCGUUGUCGAAUACGAAUCAUUCCUCACAACUCGCUUGCCUGCCUGCUCCGCUGCUGUUGGUCAUCCCGUCGAAACAUCCUUGACCAUUCUCGACCUGGGAGGCGUAUCUCUUUCCAAUUUCAUACGCGUAAAGGACUAUGUGAACGCCGCCACAACGAUUGGCCAAAACUACUAUCCAGAGUUGAUGGGGGCCUUCUACAUCAUCAACGCGCCGUGGGCAUUCACCGCCAUCUGGUCCGUCAUAAAAAAGUGGCUUGACGAGCAAACCGUGCGCAAGGUUCACAUUGUGGGCGGGCCCAGCGUCUACCGGCCAUUAUUGCUGGAGCAAAUCGACAAGGAGAUGUUGCCGCAGCAGCUUGGAGGGGAGUGUGUUUGUGAAGGCGGUUGUUCGAUGAGUGAUAUGGGCCCGUGGAACCCUAAACCACAUGCGGGGCUCGAAGAGAAGGAGAAGAUUUUUGAGGAAACGGAAGUGGUGGUAGAGCGUCCCGUUGAGCCAGAUGGGCAGGUACUGUCGUCUUGA